AUGCCCCGGCGACAACAGGGCAUCCCGACGUGGCCCUGUCCAUGCUCCUCAUGUUAUCGACGUGCCACCUGGAUGUACCUGGGGCCAGGGCGGCCAGGGCAGCUGCUGUCCAUGCAGGGCGCCGGGCGGGCCCUUCCGACGACGGGGGCGACUGCCGUUUGCUUUAUGCUGGCGCACCUGGACGAGCUGGCAAGUCGGGGCAAAAUCGGCGACGCCAACGUCUCCAUCCCCUUGUAUUCCGGCUGGGUUCCGCGGCUGGGGCCCGCGACGGCGCGGCCCCGAGGUGUGGCGGGCGACGGGCCCCUCUGGGGGAUAGAGUAA